AUGGCCAGCUGGCAGCAGGCGGGCAUUGUGCUGGUGGCGCUUGUCUCCACGCUGCUGCCAAAGGAAAUCCCUGGAGGUCUGGAUGAUGAAGCUGACGACCAGCUGCUGGGUGAGCUGGCGGCAGAGCCGGAGGUGGCAAAGCGGCUGGACAGCACUGCUGUUCCGGAGAGGGCGGCGAACAGCAUAAAGCAGGCGUGCGAGUCGGGGGCGCUGCACUUCCUCACGUCCGGCAUCCUCAAGUCGGUGCCCUUUGAGGACGACUUCCCUUUCCAGAAGGAGCUCUAUGCGCAGACGCUGCACCAGCUGCUCAUGACCUUCCUGGAUGCUGAGCCGGGCCGGGAUGAAGUGGGGGCCUUGGUUGCUGAGAGCAUGGCGCGCAUGAAUAGCAAGGGCACACUCCUGGUGGCCAAUGGCGCCUCUCAUGAUGCCCUGGAGGAUCUGCUCAACGCCGUUGCUGCCGUCUAUGAUGUCAUGUUUCAGCAGCUGAGGGCGGGCAACACCUACAGCACCAUCUCAUGGAAGUUCUUGUUUGAUGUCAUGAAACAGUACUGUGCCCGCUACACGGCAGCAUCAGACCAACAGGAAGUUAAGGCCGCGCUGGACGGCGCCAUAGCAGCGUUUGCGCGGCGGCCGGAGCUGGCGCCGUCUCUGUGGGAGCGGCUGCUGCAGGCAGUGGUCGUGCAGCCUGCUUCUGCAGAGGACAGCUUGAUGGGCCCUGUCGCACGCUAUGACAUCAGCUACCAGCUCAAUGAGAUAGAGUCGCGGGCAGAGGAGUACUCGGAGACAGUGGCCUUCGUGAGAUUACUCAAUGCGCUCAUGAAGGCGUCUGGAGCAAACAUUGCUGCUCAGGCCCGGCCCUACAGCCACUUGGCGCAGUUUGUGCGCGCGGAGGUCCUCAGCCAGCUCCAUCAAAGGGCAUACAGGCAGCAGAGGCAGAAGUGGGAGCUGGCAGAGGUGUCCCUGGACCACCUGAGGCUGUGCCUGCGCGCGCUGAGCGCCACAUCAGUAGCCACCUCCUACGACAGCGCAGCACCUCAGGCGCUAGCGUCCAGGCCACCAGGGGUCAUCGUCAUGAUGGACCUGCUCGGGCAGCGAGAAGCGAUGCGGACAAUCGAGACGAUACUGGCGGGGGGUGCGGAUCAGCUGGCGGCAGAGCGGCAGGACACCGACUGGGGCGCAGCCAAGGAGGCCGCCGUGCUGGCAGCGCUGCGCCUGAUUAGGACGGCCUUCGCACUCGACACAGCUGUGGUGGCCGCCCUCAGACAGACGGAGCUUUCGGAAUUGUCUGCACUGCUUCAGCCGGUGCACAUCGACCUUCUGCACGAUGAGCGGUGGCUGCCGUCGCUGCUGGACUAUGUGUGCUACGCGCCCAACCCCGCCAUCCAGGCGCAGGCGGUGCACAUCACCCUCACCCUCAACCAGCGCCUGCCGCAGCUGCCAGACCUGCUCCUGCAACCCAUCGCCGCAGGCAAAGUGCCGCUGUACCUGCGGCUGCGGGCCGGGUUUGCUGCGAUCCUCCAGGAGAGUCUCUUCAGCCACGGCGCGUUCUAUCCCACAGACGACGACGACGACGCUGAGGAAGCAACCACCGGCAGUGACGGCGCGGACGACGAGCGCGCGACGCUGGUGCUGCAACUGCUGCUGGACUCUCUGGAUGCUCCACCGCCAAACCUGGCGCACAUCCUGCUGGGCUUUGAUGUAGAAGAUGGCCCUGAAGGGGUAGUGAACACGAUGCUGGACCCGCGGCUGCUCUACAGCUGCAUGACGGCCGCGCUGAAGGGUGCGCAGUCCGGAAGCCUGCCGGCUGCGCGCCCGGUCGCGUACGAGCACCUCAUCGAGCUCUUUUACCAGCUCGCGGCUGCGCCCCACACCGGUGAUUCAACUCUGGCGAUCCUCCGCAAGGUCCAGCUCGUCGCUCUGCAGCUCGACACCAUCGCCGCCGGCCUGUCAUCAGAUCAGUACAACGCCUAUGUGGAGGAGUGCGGCGGCCAGGCCGCCCUCAUACACGCAUGGCAGGCCUUCAUCGAGAUCACCUUCACCCGCAGGUAUGAGCUGCUGGAAAGCGUGUCUCCCAACAGGCGGAGCGGCGCUGCGGAGGUUGCAAAGGAGACGCUGGAAGCCGUCAUGGACACUGUUGCUCGUAUCCUGCCCACUGAGGCUGCCCGCCUGGCCCCACCACUCUGCAAGGUGGUGCAAACUCUGUUGGUGAGGCUCCAACAGGAGGCACAGAGCGGCCUGGGUCUGACACCCGACGCCAGUGCAGCACUGAGGCUACCGGCGCAGAGCCAUGCGAUCCUGCGCCAGCUGCUCGUGCUGCUGCGAGAGGGCCAGAAGAUGGAGGCUGUGCGCAUCCCUCUGCUGGGGUCCUUGCUGGCGUACCUGCAGGCCACGCGUGCGCCCAGGCUUGCGCAUGCGCCGCCCUCGCUCUUCCAGACCCUCUUGCAAGAUGCUGAGUCAUCUGCCAACGGGGCGCUGGCGCAGUUCGACGACACCCAGUCAGAGAUUGAGGCGGGCAACGCAGCACUGCUCCAGGACGCUGCCUUCCUCAUACCCCUCCUGGCCACUCAAGCCACAGCAGCAGCCGUGCACCCGGCGCUGACAGUGCUGCUGGCGCUGCUGGCUGCCGACCCUGGCGAGGUCAUCUUGGACUCCAUCUAUGGCUCCGGCGUGGCCAACCGCGUCCUCAUGGACUUGGUGGACUCCCCGCACACCACCCUGCUCCAGGCCCAGCUGGCGCUGCUGCUGCGGCUGCUGCGCAGCGCGCUGCAGGCCUCUGGUGCCGGCUCCGGCAGCGGCUACCGGCUGGCUGCCGUUGACAUCAUCAAUCAACUCACCCGCUGCCAGGUGCGCGCACUGCUGCGCCUGCAAUCAGGGCCAUUUGGUGUCGUGCUCAGCCGCUUCAACACAGGAGUGCUGCGCGUGGUUGCAGCCGAUGUGGCCGGUCUGCCUGACAGCGAGCAGGUGAGGCAGGCGGCUGCCGGGUUUGUGGAGGCUCACGGCCGCACGCUGGAGCGUGUGUUGACCGAGGCGGCCAGUGCGGGCGCCAAGGGAUGGCAGCCGGGCGAAGCUGAGCUGGAAGCUGCCGCGCUUGUGCUGCAGCUGCUGGCACGGCUGGUGCCCUACCACCAGAAGCACCCCUCCAGCACAGCCAUAGACCUGCGCCUCAAGGCCUACCAGCUGGCGGUGCGUUUCUUCUCACUGGACGAGCAGCGGCAGAGCCCGCUGCUGACCGCCGUGGAGGCCGGCCGCGAGGGCCGCCCCAGCAUGCCUCUGGCCGAGUGCAGGAGCCUAGACAGGCUCACCCUCCAGGCAAGCCUCCUUCACAUGAUGUAA